CAAGUCAUGACCCAGCCUCACAGCAGGAGCAGCGAGCACCGGGUGGCUCGCCUGUUGAGCGCCGUGGAGAGUGAGCUGGUGGUCGGCAGCGAGAAAGGCGACCCCACGGAAAAGCAGCUGAAAGUGGCUCUGGAGGAGUCGGAGCUGUGGCAAAAAUUCAAGCGGGUCACCAACGAAAUGAUCGUCACCAAGAAUUUCAGGCGAAUGUUUCCAGUCCUUAAAAUAAGCGUCUCUGGUUUGGAUCCAAACGCCAUGUACUCAUUCCUGUUGGACUUCGUGGUCGCUGAUAGCCAUCGCUGGAAGUAUGUGAACGGCGAGUGGGUACCUGCGGGCAAACCAGAGCCCCUGACCCAGAGCUGCGUUUACAUCCACCCGGACUCCCCCAACUUCGGGGCGUAUUGGAUGAAAGCCCCCAUCUCUUUCAGCAAAGUCAAGUUGACCAAUAAAGUCAACUGCGGUGGACAGGUAAUUCUAAAUUCUCUGCACAAGUACGAGCCUCAGAUUUAUAUAGUGCGACUGGGAGGUCCUCACAGGAUGAUUUCCAAUCACUUUUUCCCUGAAACUCAGUUCAUCGCAGUGACUGCAUAUCAGAAUGAGGAGGUUACAGCUCUGAAGAUCAAGAAUAACCCCUUUGCGAAAGCAUUUCUGGAUGCCAAAGAAAGAGCCAGCUGCAAGGAUCCCUCUGAUAACUUUUCUGAAAAUCAACACAUGAAUUACUCCCACAUAGGUGGUUGGUUGAUGCCCAACCCGGAGACGAUAUGUGCACCGACAAAUCCUAACUAUCAAUACACCACGGCAUUGCCACUUUCUGGUGCCCACUCAUACCACAGCUGUGAACGCUACAACUCCUUGCGAAGUCACCGUGCCAAUCCAUACCCAGCAUCCUACAUACAUAGAAACUACGCUACAGUUUCUUUUGCAGAGAGCUCCAGUAAUGGUCUUCAGGUUUUACCUGGACACGACAACUGGUCAACGAUGACUUCUGCAAGACACACCAACAUGUUACCUGUCACACCUCCAACUGCAACUGGGUCUAGUGCUGGCCAGUAUACGUGCCACUGGGCAGUAGGUAACAGCUCUGUGAGCCCGGUCAACCAACCCAACACUGCUACUGGAAACCAACAAGGACAGUUUCUUCGAGGAAGCCUCAGCCAGCCUGCCACAUCAACAUCCUUGGUCGCCUUGUCCAGUGCAGGUGGAACAGCCAUGGAGAUUCACAGUGAAUUGCCACUAGCAAGACUCUUAGUGGCUUCCGGGACCUCAGCCUUAAACCAGCCAUUCUAA